GCGAUGGAUCAAGAAGAGCACGACUUGCGCGAUGGGCGUACGCUCCCCGACCGCGCCGGCGCCGCCGCCGUCGCGAUCGGCCGCGUGGUGUACGUCCUCGGCGGUCAAGACCCGACGACCGGCGUCUGCUUCAACGACGUCCUCGCGCUCGACUGCGACGCGUGGGAGUGGUCGCCGCCGCCGAGGAACUCGCACGUCGCGUGCGCGAUCCACGGCGGGCGCAGGAUCGUGAUGUACGGCGGCGCGAACCCGGACGACGGCCCGCUCGGGGACGUGCACGUGCUCGACCUGCGUCCGAACAUCGGCGACGCGUUCUGGUCGAGGCCGGCGAUCGGCGGGCAAGCGCCGGAGCCGCGAGAGAUGCACGCCGCGUGCAUGCUGCCCGCCGCCGCCGCGAAGAGCGAAGAGCCGUCCGAGAUGAUGAUCGUCGGCGGCAGGAGCGCGUCCGGGACGGUCCUCGGCGACGUCUGCGUGCUCGACGUGAACGCGAUGCGGUGGGCGAGGCGAGGCGACGCCGGCGUCGGGCCCGUCUGCGCGCACGCGAUCGUCCCGUGGUCCUUGGGCGAGGAGCCCGCGGGGUUGGUGUUCGGCGGGUUCACAGGCGAGGCCCUGCGCGGGGUGGAGUUGCGCGCGGUGACGUCGUGGACGUUGCAGAGCGUCGUCGUCGGCGCGGCGGCGGGCGCGGGCGCGAGCGGGGGCGGGCGCGGGGGCGGGCGCGGGCCUGGGAAACCGCCGGACGCCAGGUUCGCGCACGCCGCGCUGAGGGUGAACGCUCGCGCGACGGCGACGGCGACGCGCGCGAUGGUCGUGUUCGGUGGGGUGACGCCCGCGUUCGAUUUGAACGACGUCGUGAUGUGGGUCGAGGCGGAGAAGGAGCGAGGAGGGGGCGGGCCCGCGACGGCGGACGCGUCGGAUUUGGAUUGA